ACGAAAAAACGCCGACAAGAUCGGCUUUUGAAGCUCUCUGGAACCCUACUUGUGAAUCUAAUCUAAUGCCAAGCUCCAUUAAUUUCAUCGCCCUCUCUCUCAACAGCUUCGCUCCUGCAAUUUUCUCCCCUCGCAAUAAAUCCUCUGCUCCCAACUCUUCUACACAAACAUAAACUCAAACAUCUCAUAUCGUCUCUCUUCUCUCUCUCUCUGCCGCUUCCUCGAGAGUGAGGGAGGAUGGGCAACGCCUCGUCGAUGCUCACCCAAUACGACAUUGAGGAAGUCCAGGAGCACUGCAGCUAUCUAUUUUCCCAGCAAGAGAUUGUAGCCCUCUACGAGAGAUUCUGUCAACUUGACCGGAAUGCCAAGGGGUUCAUCUCGGCUGAUGAAUUUCUAUCCAUACCUGAGUUCUCCCUCAAUCCUCUCUCCCAGAGGUUGCUGAAGAUGAUAGAUGGGUUGAACUUUAAGGAUUUUGUGGCAUUCUUGUCUGCCUUCAGCCCGAAAGCUUUCUUGCAGCAGAAGAUUGAAUUGAUCUUUAGAGUUUAUGAUAUUGAUGGUAAUGGAAGAGUAACUUUUAAGGACUUGUUGGAAGUGCUUCGAGAUCUUACAGGAUCAUUUAUGUCAGAGGAGCAGAGAGAGCAAGUGUUGAGCCAUCUGUUGGAAGAAUCAGGUUAUACAAGAGAUGCUUCACUUGUGUUGGAUGAUUUCAUCAAGAUACUCGGCAAAUCUGACAUGAAAAUGGAGGUCGAAGUUCCUGUGGACUAGAUGCUGACAAUAUUUCUGUACAUACAAGACCUUGGACCAAGCUCAUGGGCACAUUUAGCUUCGCUGCUAUAAGAAAGCAAGUUUCUGUAUGAUUUUGAUUCUCGAGCAUAGAAUGGAUACUUCUCUUGCUUUUUUUGAUAACUUGUUUUCAUUAUUCAUGCAUUGUGUUAUACUUGAUUAUCAGAUCAGUGUCACAUUGCUAAUAAUGUGAUAAAGGACAAGCCAUUGAUAAGUUUCAUAAUAUAUCUGCAUUGAUUUUUGUUCUUA